AUGAACCCAACAAUCACUCUUAAAGAUCCGAGGGGAAAUUCUGUGACCUCAGGGAAGAUCUAUUUGUCCAGGGGAGCUAUAUACGAAAUCAACCACCCCCCGCCAGGAACUUGGAAACUGACAGUUUCAAGGGCCGGCAAACACUCGUACCAGGUCAAGGGCUCAAGUAAAACUAAUAUUGACUUCGAGCACUUCUUUGUCAUGAUUCCAAGCCGUGGACGAACCAAGAGGCCGAUACCUAUAUCUCAUCCUUUACUUGGUAAGUUUAGUUCGACUAGAUAAUUAACAAUUCGUGAAACAAACACUAGUCCUGCCUAAAUUUCUGGAAAAAAAUAAACACACACACACAUAAUUAUUUCGCUGCUGUUAUAAGCUGUUAUAUAUCUAUUAAAUUGUGUAUCCAGAACUGCUAUGUAAUGACGCAAUUGGCAUUUAUCGAGGAAAUCAACACGUUGAACCUAGUUGGUGUACUCCGUGUUUCAACUUUAUAAAGUACCAUUGUAAGUGCAAGAAGACCACAAAUAGAUAAGGGUAGGGAAGAUGUGGGUUUGGAAGUAGGGAUCAAAUUCUGCUCAUACAAGCAUCUGUAAAAUUGUCAGACUUUACACUCCAUUCCGUGAAAACAAUAUUUCUAGUAAACAAUGUAAUACAUGUAAGUAUUCAAACGAAGCAAACUUACCUUGACAAGAAAAUUUUCCAAAGCAAACAGUAACAAACUGGCGCGUCGUUGUUCUUCUCAGGCAAACAAGCCCUGGCCAUCAUAACUGUAGCUGGCGCAAAAAUGAUCAACAGCAAAACCCUUAAACUUGACUUGAUUAGCAAGGAUGGUAGACUUCUCCGAACAACCAAUAUCAGCCCCCGUGGAACAAGCGGCGCUCAUUUCUCAGCGUCUUUUACCCCUCCCCCUGCGCCAUUUUCGCUAAAAUUGAGGGGUAAAACAAAGAAGGGUUACAGCUUUCAACGAAACUCGCGGAACCUGGUCCAUCCCAGCCACGCCCUUAUCCGAGUCCUUUAUGCCAGGAAUGAGUUCACUGUCCCAAAAGGAGGGAAAGGCUUUGUUGUGUUUGUGGUCUACAACACUGGAAAUACCGAACGGUUUGACAUCAAGGUCAAAGAUCGCCUAAAAUAUGUUGCCCGUCUUCGCCGCACCUCCAUCACGGUUCGCAAAGGCCGAAAAAGUUUCUUUUCAGUCUCCUUCAAAGCACCAUACUCAGCUGCGCGAGGGAGCAGCAAUGAAGUGCUGGCGACUGUUACAGGCCAAACCUCCAAGAAGACCGUCGGUCACGUAGUAAGGCUGAUGGUUGUAUAACGUGCACUACAGGAGUGCAGGCCGGUUAAGGGCCUUUCCAGUUCUUUAAACUGUUGAUUUAGUGUGAGAUCUCUGAUUUGAUUUUCUUUUUUUGAAUUAGUGUUUCGCUUUGCUUCGGUGAUGGGAUAAAAGCUUUUUCAUAAUGCGUUGCUAAGAACACUUAAGAACCAAUUGGUACAGAUGCUAGGACUUGAUUUGAAUCAGGGUAAUUCUCAGGGCCUGAUCGGAUCCUGU